AUGUCAUCGCCGUUGCCCCCGCCGCUUCUCGCCUGGUUCCGCCGGCACCGCGUCAGCUGGGCCGGCCUGCGCUUCGAAGUCGCCGAGGGCCGCGGCGUCUACGGCGUGGCUGAGGUCGAUCUCAACCCGGGCAGCGUGGUCGUCGCCGUGCCAAAGGCGGCGAUGCUGACCAGGAAGAAUGUGCGUGACGCCAAUGCGCUGCACGCGCUGCUCGCGCUCGGGCUGCCGUCCGUCGAGGUCCUCGGCCUCGCCAUCGCCCUCGAGCGCGCUGCAGGCAAGAGCAGCAAGUGGCACGCGUACCUGCAGAGCCUGCCGCUGCAUGAGCCGCUGCCGCUGCUCUGGUCGGCGGCUGAGCUGCGGAUGCUCGCCGGCACUGGGCUGGACGAGACGAGCCAGCGGCGCAAGCGGCGUCUCCUCGAGAACUACCGCAGCGCCGUGGAGGAGUGGGAGGGCGCGGCGCCGCUGCCCUCUUCCGAAGAGUACCUGCGAGCGUGCACGCUGUCGUCGUCGCGCGCCUUUCUCGUCGAUGGGGAGCACGGCGAGGGCCUCGUGCCGCUGGCCGACCUACUCAACCACAAGGCGGCUCUCGCCGAAGAGCAGGGCGACGAGGGCGACGAGGGCGACGAGGGCGACGAGGGCGACGAGGGCGACGAGGGCGACGAGGGCGCAGAGCUGCGGUGCGACUGCACGCUGCGCAUUCCGCCCGCCGAGGGCGAGGAGGAGGAGGAGGGCGAGGGCGAGGAGGAGGAGGAGGGCGAGGGCGAGGAGGAGGAGGAGGGCGAGGGCGAGGAGGAGGAGGAGGGCGAGGGCGAGGGCGAGGGCGAGGGCGAGGGCGAGGGCGAGGGCGAGGGCGAGGGCGAGGAGGCGGCGCUGGUGGGCACGGCGCGGCCGCUGCGCGCGGGCGAGGAGGUGUGCCACACUUACGGACCGCUGGGCAACUGGGAGCUGCUUGCGGGCUACGGCUUUGCGCUGCCGGCGGACAACCCGUUCGACACGGCGCUGCUGCCAUGGCGGGCGCUCGUCGGCGCGGCCGAGGCGGCGCUGGGUGCGCGAGCCGCGCGGCGCAGGCUUGCCGAGCUGCGCGCGGCGGGCUGCUGGCACGCGCUGCUCGGUUCCCCGUUUGUCUUCGACCGCAGCGGCGUGCCACCGGGCGAGCUGCGGCUGCUGCUGCGGCUCCUCUGCGCGACGCCCCUCCCGCCGUGGGCCACCGACGCGUCGGCACCGCGCGCCGCCAAGCUGCGCGCCGCCGCGCUGAGCGAGGCGGCGGCGGCGCCGCGCGCACUCGGCGAGAUCUCGGAGCGCGCCGUGCUGCGCGCCGCUAUCUACGCGCACCUCGACAGCUACGCAGCGGCUGGCGCGCCGCUGCCCACCAAGCGGCAGCGCACUGCCGCGCCCGCCGCGCCCUCCUCUCAGCUUCGUCGGCGGCACGCGGAGCGGCUCGUUGCUGGCGAGCGCGACAUCUGGGCGGCCGCCCUCGCCGGUGGGCGGCAGCUCGAGGGACGCGAGGCGGCGGCCGCCGUGGCUGGCGCGCUGGCGCGACGGCGCCGGCUGGAGGCGUAG